AUGUCAACUGUAUUCAUUGGCAAGGGCCCGGAGAAGAGCGCGACCAGCUCUUCGACGGUAUCCCUCAACGAGAUCCCAGAAUUGGGAGCCCCCAUCAAGCAGAGGCAAUCCAUUUUCCAGCGAAGCACGCGAAUUGACAAGGAAGCCAUUGCCACGCAGCAGAGUGUGUUUGACAACCCCACGACCUUGGACAAGUACUACCCGAAAAAAUCAUGGGAAAACUAUCACCGAUUUGAUCCCUUGUUCCGUUGGACAUGGGGGGAGGAAUCAAAGCUCAUCUGGAAGCUCGACUUCCGCAUCAUGCUCUGGGCUUGCAUCAUGUUCAUGGCCCUGGAACUUGACAGAGCCAAUAUUCUGCAGGCUCUCACAGAUAACUUCCUGGCUGACUUACAUCUGACCACUGAUGAUUACAAUCUCGGUAACACCGUCUUCCGCCUCAGCUUUCUCUGCGCCGAGCUGCCGUCGCAGCUCGUCUCCAAGUGGAUGGGUCCCGACCGCUGGAUCCCGCUACAAAUCUCUCUUUGGAGCAUCGUCGCCGGCGGGCAAUUCUUCCUUACCGGCCGGAGCUCGUUUCUAGCGACCCGGUCCCUACUUGGAAUCCUGCAAGGAGGCUUCAUCCCCGACGUCAUCAUCUACUUGUCCUACUUCUACAAGCAUACUGAGCUCACCAUUCGCCUGGCCUUUUUCUGGACCGCGCAGAACAUUGCCGACAUCUUGUCUGCCGUCCUGGGCCUGGGUCUGCUGAGCAUGCGUGGUGUCGCGGGCAAGGCAGGCUGGCGCUGGCUAUUCCUGAUUGAGGCUAUUUUGACCUUUUUGAUUGGAGUCUUUUCCUGGGUGCUCAUGCCUCCCGGUCCGUGCCAAACUGCCAGUUGGUUCCGCGGCAAAGCUGGCUGGUUCACUGAACAGGAAGAAAAGAUUAUUGUCAACAGGGUGCUGCGAGACGACCCGAGCAAGAGCGACAUGCACAACCGCGAGCCCGUGACGCCACGGCUACUCUGGAGAAGCUUACGGGAUUAUGAUCUUUGGCCCAUUUACGCUCUGGGGUUGGUAUUCAUGAUACCGGUCGCGCCGCAGGCAAUGUACCUCACUCUCUCACUGAGGGGCCUUGGCUUCACCCGAUCCCAAACCAAUCUGCUCUCUAUACCUGCUACUGUGAUUCAAACCUGCACCAUGCUAGGCCUGACCUACCUGGCAGAGCACGUACAGAACCUCUCCCUCGUGGCCAUGCUGAUGCAAAUCUGGGCGUUGCCAUUCAUCAUCUAUCUCAACGUCGUGGACACAAAUUCCGUCAGCAAAUGGAUCAUGUUUGCCGUCAUCACACUCCUCCUCGGCUACCCAAGCGCGCACCCGAUCCAGGUCGCGUGGACGUCUCGCAACUCCAACACGGUACGGUCCCGGACCGUCUCCGCGGCGACCUACAAUAUGUUUGUGCAGGGCUGCAGCAUCAUUUCGUCCAACGUGUAUCGCGCCGAUGACGCGCCCUUGUACAAUCGGGGACACAAGGCAAUCCUGGGCGUGGUAUGCAUGAACACUGCGCUGUAUGUGCUCACGAAGCUCUACUACGUCUGGCGCAACAAGAGCCGGGACGCCAAGUGGACCGCCAUGACGGAGGAUGAGAGACUCGCGUAUCUUUCCAAUCCGCCGGAUGAGGGCAACAAGAGGCUGGAUUUCCGUUUUGCUCAUUAG